GCGAGAACAUUUUGUGACUUCCUGUUGCAGGCUCUUUAUUGCAUAUUAACGUGUAUUUGAAAUACCUCCAAGGACCGUUAACUGGAUUUAGCUAAUACAUUGUUUUAUUUACGAACUCUAAAUGCUUCCGUUGUAUAAAAGCACAAGAUACCUUUACUAACGUUAGUAACGUUGAUGUAGGCGUUGGAAUGUACCAUUUUUGCCAACACGGAAGGAUUUUGUUGUGACAGCGGAGAAACCGAGAAACCCGGCGGGGGCACUAGACGGUCAUAACGUAACGUUAGGUUUUUUCAUCUUGGAUCAACAAUGGCAUUCAGCAAGGGAUAUCGCAUUUACCACAAGCUGGACCCACCCCCCUACAGUGUUAUAGUGGAAACUAGAACCAGGGAAGAAUGCCUCAUGUUUGAAUCGGGGGCUGUUGCUGUUUUAUCGGCGGCAGAAAAGGAGGCCAUUAAAAACACAUACGCCAAGAUUGUUGAUGCCUAUGGCAUCCUGGGCGUCCUCCGCCUUAACCUGGGUGACUCCAUGCUCCACAGUCUGGUGGUUGUGACAGGAUGCAGCUCUGUGGGGAAGGUGCAGGAUUCUGAGGUUUUUAGGGUCACACAGACAGAUUUUAUAUCGCUGAAGAAUGAUCCAGGAGACGAGGAUCGGAUCGCUGAAGUACGAAAGGUCCUGAACUCAGGACACUUCUACUUUGCGUGGUCUGCCACUGGAGUCAGCAUGGACUUGAGUCUCAAUGCACAUCGUAGGAUCCUAGAGGACACUACAGAUAACCGCUUCUUUUGGAACCAAUCCCUGCACCUGCACCUGAAACACUACGGAGUAAACUGUGAUGACUGGUUGUUGAGGCUGAUGUGUGGUGGUGUGGAGAUCAGGACCAUAUAUGCAGGGCACAAACAGGCAAAGGCUUGCACCUUCUCCCGCCUCAGCUCCGAGCGAGCCGGCACGCGCUUCAACGUCCGAGGUACAAAUGACGACGGACAGGUGGCCAACUUUGUGGAGACUGAACAGGUUAUUUUCCUGGACGACAAAGUCUCGUCCUUCAUACAGAUCCGUGGGUCCAUUCCUCUUUUCUGGGAACAGCCAGGAAUCCAGAAAAAGAGCAUUAAGGGUGUUUUGUUGCACCUGAAUGAGAAUCGGCACCCUAAAGGGACGGAUGACAACCCCCACCUGGUUGGCUCUCAUCGUGUCAAACUCUCCAGGGGAUUUGAGGCAAAUGCGCCAGCAUUCGAAAGACACUUCACAGCACUGCGGAGGUUGUAUGGUAAACAGGUGAUCAUCAAUCUGCUUGGGAGUAAGGAAGGAGAACAUAUGCUCAGCAAAGCUUUUCAGAGUCACCUAAAGGCAUCAGAGCAUGCAACAGCAGUAAAAAUGGUGAACUUUGACUACCAUCAAAAUGUGAAGGGAGGCAAGGCAGACAAACUCCACAGUGUCCUCAAACCCUACAUCAGCAAGUUCAUGGAAGACUGUGGAUUCUUCUACUACUCGGGAGAGACGGGCAUCGCAAGGACUCAGGGUGGGACCGUUAGAACUAACUGCCUGGACUGUCUGGAUAGAACCAACAGUGUUCAGGCCUUCUUUGCCCUUGAGAUGCUGCCAAAGCAGCUGGAGGAAAUGGGUCUGACGGAGAAGCCCCAGCUGGUGGCCAGGUUUCAGGAGGUUUUUAGGACCAUGUGGUCUGCCAAUGGAGACUCUGUCAGCAAGAUCUACGCGGGAACAGGUGCCCUGGAUGGCAAGGCCAAGGCGGGGAAGCUAAAAGAUGGCGCUCGUUCUGUGACAAGGACCAUCCAGAACAACUUCUUUGACAGUUCUAAGCAGGAGGCUAUAGACAUCCUGAGGCUGGGCUCAACACUCAACAGUGAUUUGGCGGACAAAGCUCGGGCUCUGCUCACCACUUCCAGUCUUUAUGUCACUGAGCCCGUCUUACAAUCAGCCUCCCCAAGAGUAUUGCUGGGAAUGUGUCAGAACUACCAUAAAUACACAAGGCCCAAGAAGAUCCGGGUGUGUGUCGGGACCUGGAAUGUCAACGGGGGUAAACAGUUUCGCAGCAUUGCUUACCGCAACCAGACACUCAACGACUGGCUGUUAGAUGCUCCAAAGAAGGCAGGGCAUCCUGAGUUCCAGGACAGCAAAGCCAACCCCAUAGAUAUAUUUGCCAUCGGUUUUGAGGAAAUGGUUGAACUGAAUGCUGGCAAUAUUGUCAGUGCGAGCACUACAAACCAGAAACUAUGGGCAGCUGAGCUCCAAAAAAACAUAUCGCGGGACCACAAGUAUGUGCUGCUUGCUUCAGAGCAGCUGGUCGGAGUUUGUCUGUUUGUUUUCAUCCGCCCACAGCACGCACCCUUCAUCAGGGAUGUUGCUGUAGAUACUGUAAAAACUGGUAUGGGUGGGGCUACAGGCAAUAAAGGAGGCGUGGCCAUUCGCCUGCUCUUCCACACCACCAGCAUCUGCUUCGUCUGCUCACACUUUGCUGCUGGCCAGUCACAGGUCAAGGAGAGGAACGACGACUACAAUGAGAUCACGCGCAGACUCACUUUCCCCAUGGGUCGUCUGCUGUACUCGCAUGACUACGUUUUCUGGUGUGGAGACUUUAACUAUCGAAUCAGUCUGCCCAAUGAGGAAGUGAAAGAGCUAAUCAAACAGCAGAACUGGGAUGCCUUGACAGCUGGGGACCAGUUGUUGGACCAGAAGAAUGCUGGUUUGGUUUUCCGAGGUUUUAUCGAGGGGAAGAUAGAUUUUGCCCCCACCUAUAAGUAUGACCUCUUCUCAGAAGAUUAUGACACCAGUGAGAAGUGCCGCACACCAGCCUGGACUGACCGCAUACUCUGGAAGAGGAGGAAGUGGAACUUUAGCAAAACAGCUGAGGAGAUGAAUGUAGUAGGGGCAGCUUCUACUUCUAGGGACAAUGAGGACGAUCCAGACAACCCCUGGAGCCCUGGGACUCUGAAGUACUAUGGCAGGGCUGAGCUUAAGACCUCAGACCACAGGCCUGUGGUGUCGAUAAUAGAUGUGGACAUCCUGGAGGUCGACCCGGACGCGCGGCACCAGGUCUACAAAGACGUCAUUGCCCUGCAGGGGCCUCCAGACGGCACCAUCCUGGUGUCCCUCUGCUCUUCCGGCCCUGACGACUACUUUGACGAUGCGCUCAUAGACGAGCUGCUGGACAAGUUUGCUCAUUUUGGAGAGGUCAUCCUCAUCAGGUUUGUUGAGGAGAAGAUGUGGGUGACUUUCCUGGAAGGUUACUCUGCUCUUGCUGCUCUGUCUCUCAGCGCCUCCACUGUCCUUGGCAAGAUGUUGGACAUCCGUCUGAAGAGUCCAGGUUGGAUCAAGAAUCUAGAGGAUGAGAUGAGCGUGGAUAGGAUCUGUGGAAGCAUCCCCACCUCGGCCAGCUCCACCCUGCUGGCUGAGGACACGGACAUGGGCGAUGAUGAUUACGAUAUGGAAGGUGAUGUGGACGAGGAGGUGGAGGAGAUCCUUCCCCAGCACCUUCAGCCUGGAGCAGGCUCUGGCCCUGGAUCCUCCCCUCUCCCCUCCCCCCGCAGUAGUCCCUGUCCCUCCCCCACCCACGGAGAACCUACCGCCCCCAGCAGGCCUAGUCGUGGAGUACAACCCUCCCGACCAUCACAUGCAGAUUUAAGCCCAUCACCAUUGAGGAGAGAAAUUACAGGGCCUCCUGUUGACUUCCAGCCUGGUGCCCCCACGUCUCUAGAGCCCAAACGCCCGCCUCCCCCUCGUCCCCACGGCCCCCCAGCCAGACCAGCACCCCCUCAACGCCCACCACCCCCUACAGGAGGCAUGAGCCCUCUGCCAGUUAGAAAGGACUCUGGAGACUGUGGCGAAUGGCCCAGCCCACUGUUUGGUAGGAGAGGCAGUGAAGGUAACUGGCCUGGUAGGAGAGGCAGUGAAAGUAACUGGCCUGGUAGGAGAGGCAGUGAAGGACCAAAAAGCCCCGCUCUUCCUCAGCCAGAUGCUGCUGCAGCUCGAGGCCAGGUAGCAGUGGGAGCUCCUGGACCUGGAGGUGCUCCCAGACCGAAUAUCCCUGCUCGUGCUGGGGUAAUCAGUAUUCCCCCUCAGUCUCGCCCACCACCUCUCUCUCACCCUGGAGCACCCAGACCCAUCCCAGACGUGCAUCCUGGGGCCCCUCGGCCCAUCCCAGACACCCACCCUGGAGCCCCACGACCUGUGCCCGGUGGCCAGGCCAAACCGACUGACCUGCCUCUGGGUCCUCCUCCUUUAGAGCCCCCUGCAGCGAGACCCCAGGUUCCAUCACCCAUGCAGCCCCAAACAGCUUCCCCUUCAGUUCAAUCCCAACUCCCACCAGCAAUGCAGCCCCCCAUGCAGCCCAAACAAGCUGCCCCUUCAGUUCAGUCCCAACUCCCACCAGCAAUGCAGCCCCCCAUGCAGCCCCAACAAGCUGCCCCUUCAGUUCAGUCCCAACUCCCACCACCGAUGCAGCCCACAUUUCCAGCUCCACUCCAGCCACAGCAAGCUCCUAAAGCAGCGUCCCCUCCUGCCGCCACUGCUGCUACCCCCCCUGCUGGGCUUCCACAGGGUCUAGCCUCUCCUAAACCCCCACCACGCUCCCGCUCCUCUCACACUCUGCCACCUGAUGCUGCCAAGUCUGAGACAGCCCCAGCUGCGCAGAUGAAUGGCCUGAAUGGAAUCCAAAGAGAAGCACAAUGGAUGCCCGAACCCUUCGACACACUUGCUUCUGGUUUUGUCUCCUCUUCCUCAUUCUCCUGGCACACCACCCAGUCCCUGACCAGAGGCUCCUCUCUGCGUACUCCCCCCUCUGUUCCUGUGUCUACGAUGUCCUCCAACACUCUCCCUUCAUCCUUCUCCCUCCAGUCAUCUGCUCUGUCAGACCUGCAGGCACUUGAUUCAUCCUCCUCUUCCUCACUUUCCACCCCAUCACCGUUCACCUCCUCCCUGCUCCCGCCCCCUCCGGUCCCGUCUCGUAGCCGCUCGCAGGAGACACUGCGUGCUUCCCCUGGCCCCCUCCCGACUGACUUGCUUCCUGCCCGACCCAGCAGCACCAAUCCCUUCACAGGCCCACUGGCGCAUCAGCAGCACCGCUCACUCACCCCGGACUUCAGCGUCCAGCUUACCGCCCCGAAGCCAAACAUUCAGAGGAACAUGUCUGUUCCUACUCAACCACUCAUCCCCACCCCUGCUCCAGCAGUAGCCCCUACUGCUGCACCCACCUCCCAGCUACAAAGGACCAUGUCCCUGUUUGGUCCAUCAUCCACUUUUAAUCCUACACCUGCUCCUGUGCUCCCCCUCGCCCCAUCUCCUGUCCCCUUCUUGCCUUUGGCACCACCCUCCUCCAUUCUGCCUGCACUUCGUGGCCAGCCACCUCCUCCAGGAGCUAAACCGACCCAGCAUUGGGUCACUUUUGAUGAUGAUUUGGAUUUUCAACCUCCAACUAAAACACUACAAGCCCCCGUCUUCCCUUCCAGUUCCCUAUUGUCCCAGACUCAGACUCGGCCCUCCCACUCUGUGUUUGACUCAGAGCCCGACUGGUUAUCCUCGGCCCCUUCAGUGUUCCCAACUCUCCCUCCUCCCAUCCCAACUAGAACUGUAACCAGUAACCCAAAGCUCCCAGAGGGACCCAGUGACGACUUCUUCUUCCCCAGGGAGUCAACAGAAAGAUAGGAUCACUCUUAAUAUGUAAAGGGCAUAUCCAGAUAUGUAUAGAUAUAUGAUAAAUGUGUAUAUGUUUGUGUGUAUGUACAAAAGAGACAGUAUUUAAGAAGUAUAGACCAAUCCCCUUCUGAAUCGCAGAACAGGAUUUAUAUCUCGAGCAGUAACGUGAGAGGUGUAUGAGCCUAAACGUGUUCUUCUUUACCACAGGGAUGUCUGCUUGUUCUCUGAUAUUACCGUUUAUUUUAAUAUAUGAAUCGUUUUGAUGUUUAUUUUUAUUCAUGGCAGCAAACCUGUGCCUGUGUCUACAGUAUAGAGUUAUAUAUAGUACAUCUACACGCACAAAUAAUUUGUUUAAUCACCUGUGCAAUAUUCAGACAUUUUCUGUUUGGCUGUGCAGCAUUUGCCUGUGAGGUUCAGUGCUACCUUGGCAUUUGCUACAUUCGCUGACACACUGCAGUUCGUAUCCAUUAUUUUGACUAACCUGCACAUCAGAGCGUGAUUCUCAGAGUAGAGGGUAAUCUUCUACCUUCUCACUUUACAUGUAGCAGAAGGUUAUGCACUGCAGGUUUUACAUUUGCCCCCAAAAUAGUUUGUUGUAAGUUUUGUUCUGUUCUUUUGUGUCUGAGGGGACAAAUUUAAAAGUCAUAUUGUGCACUUGCUUUUAUCAUGAAUGUACUUAAUGUUGCACUGGGUUUUGUCAUCGCUUAAUGCUGACGUCACAGCGUGAAAAAGAACCGCACGAGUCAGCGUCAUAGUCAGUCAAACUGUGCACUGUUCUCUCUCUAUUCUGCCAUCAUUCUUGUCAGUGGUCUGUUACGAUUAGCUGAAUAUAUUUUGUAGCUCUACUGUAUAUCGAAACCUAUACAUAGUGAUUAUGUAUAAAUGUAUGUUUUCAACAUGGAAACUACUCGCUAAAUGUGCGUUUGUGAUGACCGUAUCAGUGGUUUGCACAAUGUUACUGAUAUGAACUGAAAGGCUGUAUUCUCUCUUGUUUGUAUUCUUGCUGAUAGAAAUGAGAGCCUGUGGACUGAACAGAUGACAUUUCCACCUC